GAGUUGCAGAAAAUUAUUGUGAAUUAUCAAAUACUAAUGCAUCCUACAUAGCUCCCGAGAGGCCACGCUUCACGCUUCUUCUCCGUUCGGGAAAUGACAAACAGUAGAACAACCAAAACAAAAUGUCUACUUUUGACACGUAUCCCUGACGUAGCCCCCUCCAUGUUCGACAAGUAGAGCUCACACACUCUCUAAGACACGCUGCCUUCUCACUUCCCUCUCUCCCUUUUGUGCCUGUCAGGUUGAAACAGUCAGAUUGUUCUUCUUCCUCGUCAGAAUGAUACCUCUGGUGUUUGGUUCUUCACUGCCCUCACCGACACCCCCAGAGGCAGUAGAGACGCCGGCUACAAAGAAAUGUGGGAGCUUAGCGGGUCCCCGGAUCUUCCCAAAUGGAAGCCGUUCGGGUUCCGGUAACGGGUUCCCGCCGUUUCUUCCCAAAGAGGUUGAGAAGAUCCGAGACCCUUAUGCCAGAAACUUGGCUCAAAGAAUGGAGAGGCUCCCUGUGCAGAUGGGGUUAUAUGAAAGUUGUAUAAUGAGUAGUUGUGUGAAACCUCUAGUACAAACCAAGAACAAUCCAGUGGUUCUUCUCCAUUGCUUUGACAGUUCUUGUUUAGAAUGGAGGUGCACAUAUCCCCUGCUUGAAGAGGCCGGGUUGGAGGCUUGGGCGAUUGAUGUGCUCGGGUGGGGCUUCUCCGAUUUAGAAAGGCUUCCACCAUGCAAUCAGGAAUCAAAGCGUCAUCACCUCUAUCAGUUUUGGAAGUCCUACAUCAGAAGGCCGAUGAUAUUAGUUGGACCAAGCCUCGGUGCUUCUGUUGCAAUUGACUUUGCAGUUAGUUAUCCGUUUGCUGUUGAAAAGCUGGUUUUGAUUAAUGCAAGUGUGUACGCAGAAGGCACCAAAGGCCUUGCAGAAUUUCCUAGAGUAUUAGCCUAUGCUGGGGUUUCCUUGUUGAGCAGCAUCCCUCUACGGCUUUACGCCAAUACGCUGGCCUUCAAUGACAUUUCAUUAGCUACAACCUUUGAUUGGACUAAUGUCGGCCGCUUACACUGUUUGCUGCCUUGGUGGAAAGAUGCAACAGUAAGUUUCAUGAGUAGUGGGGGCUACAAUGUUAUUGCGCAAAUAAAACAGGUAAAGCAGAAAGCACUUGUCAUCUGUAGUGAGAAAGAUCGGAUUAUCAACUACAAGCAAACACUGAGACUACGGUGUGAACUACCCUCUGCAAUCAUGCGGCUAAUACCGGAUGGUGGUCAUCUUCCUCAUGUUGACAAUCCCAUCUCUGUUGCAAAGCUAAUUGCAGGGUUUGCUCACAAUGACCGCUGCUGAAUGGGACUGCUGCAGAAUUUCUUGUACCUAUUCCCUGCCUUUAGCGGAGGCCAUUAGUUCUUUGCAAUAGUGUUGAUUGCCUAUUUGUACAUUUGUUUAGAUAUGUAGUAGGUUUGAAGAUAAGUGGAUGUUAUAAUGUUGCAAUGUGAAACCAGCUGAAUAAGCAAUGAAACAGUGACCGCUAAUAUAGCUAGUACGAUAGUUUACCAACAGAAGAAAAGUGAGGACAAUGAUAAUGUAACUAUAAUAGGUAUUUGGGAUGUUGUGUGAUCUUGGGAAAGUUAUAUACCGAACUUAUAUUAUGGUUUA